CCGCGGAGGGCAAGCGAGGGAAGGCGAGAGGAGGCGGGGAGAGAGAAGGGACGGCUGAAGAGAGCCUUGGGGCGGCCGGAUCGCCUUCAGUCUCGUUGCCCGGGCCGGGAUGGCGGUGACGAAGAAGCUGGCCAUCCGCUUGGCCUACGCGGCGGCGGGGACGCUUUCGGGGCUGUCGGCCUUCCUCGCCUGGAACCUGGCGCCCAGCUUGAGGCAGCCCUGCACCGCCGCCGCCGGGGGACUCUCCGGUGUGCUGGCGCUCUGGGCCUUGAUCACCCAUGUGAUGUACGUGCAGGACUACUGGAGGACUUGGCUGAAAGGAUUGAAGUUCUUCCUCUUUGUGGGCAUUCUCUUUGGCGUUCUCUCCGUGGUGGGCUUCUGCACAUUCCUGGCCCUGGCUAUCACACAACAUCAGUCUCUGACGGAUCCAAAGAGCUACUACCUAUCCUGUGUCUGGAGCGUCAUCUCCUUCAAAUGGGCUUUCCUCCUCAGUUUAUACUCCCAUCGGUAUCGGAAUGAGUUUGCCGACAUCAGCAUUCUCAGUGACUUCUAAAGCCCAGACCUCUUAAUCCCGCCAAGGGAAGAAGGCCUAAGGCUGGACACUGGAGCAGGUUCUCUCAGAGCAAGGUGCUGGCGAGGGAACAAGGAGACCUAGAGGAGCCUCACAGGGCAAUCCUUCUCUGCCUCUUCACCAUCCGUCUGUUUGGAGCUCUUGCUUUUAUCCAGUUGCGUGCUAUGUUGGCUAGUUCUGUCAGUUGUAUGUGUGUUUGUCUAUCUAUCUGUGUCUCUUCACCUUUCCUGAAAACAUUUGUCCUUCUUUGGAGGGACAAUUCAAGACCAGGCUUUUUGUUCCAGACUCUUCUGGGUCUGUCCCUUCCUCCACCUGCACCGCCCCAUGUCUUUUGUUUCUCUCUUUCUUUUGGUAAGUUUGGAGAUGAAACUCGAAAAGCUGUUGGGGAGACUGGUUUUCCAUGACACUUGGCAUGUUUCCUAGCCCCUUAAUGACACAGCAGCUUUUUUGGUAGCCUGCAAAGUGCUUGGGAAAAGCCUAAAGAGACAUGAAGCAAGAAUCAGUUUUUACACCUUUCAUACAGAUGUAUUUUCAUAAGGCGAAGCAUGGAUCGGUUUUAAGAGAAAACUAUUUUGAACAACAUUACUUUUCUUCUCCUCUCCCCCCCCCCCCGCCCCCUCUAACCCUGCAAUUCCUUGUGAUUGUUGGUUGUGAUUGUGAUGGCUUUCAAAGGAAAAAGAACCUGUGGAUCUUUCUGCACAUUAUUAUGUUCCACUUCACUUCAUCCUCUUUUCCUGGCACUUUUCUAGGCUGAGGGUUUAAUGUUUUAAAGUUCAAACUUUCCAGAUGUCUUGAACUUUGGUUCCUAGCAGAACUAAUGGCAGUGGAUUGUGGGACUUGUACUCCCCUAACCAGGAGUGUCAGUGUUUCUGCACUUUGAUUUUGCCUGAACUAGGCACCUCUGUUGAUACUAUUUUUGAUGUUGAAGAUCAUCCAUAUAGAAUAUGAAAGAACACAGAAUACCUUGUGAAUCUACCUUCUAACCAUGUUCCUGGAUUGAUUUGGUAAUAUCUCAUCUUCCCAUCAGGUGCUCUAUAAUCUGACAUUUAAGUGUGCAUUUAUAAAGUAAAGAAGCAUAUAUUUUAGAUUAUUGAAGCUGAGGUUAUAUUUUAUGUCCCAUACAUGUGUUUGGACCAAAGUAUAAAAUGUAUGUGAUACAUUACAGUUCCUUUUUCUUUUGUCAUUUUAACACAUCUCUUCAUCUAGAUCAGGGAUAAGUGCCAUGUGACUUUUCAGAUGUUAUUAGGUUGCAAUCCCUAUCUAUGCAGGCAGUGAUGAAGAUGCGUAGGCAAUGAUGCUAGGAGUUGUUACCCAAUAUUACAUGUGUAGCCAUACAUUUCACAUUUCCUCAUAUAUGAAAAGAUGUAUGAGAAUGCACCCUUAACCAGCAAAUGAUCAUUUUAUUAAAUGGAAACACAUCUGCA